CCUCGAUAGGAAUAACACAAACCUCGUAGCCAAACACCUACGGUGGUAUCAUUUUUCCCCAUCUAUAUAAGUUUCAUACCCCAGUGGAGUUCUAUCUGAUAUUCGUACUCAUCCUCCCGAUUGAUUUUUAUUGGUAGAAUAAUCGAACAAAAAAGAUGUCAGGUGGUCCGAUUGCACAAGAUUGGGAGCCGGUGGUGAUCCGCAAGAAAGCUCCCACCGCCGCCGCGCGUAAGGACGAGAAAGCUGUCAACGCCGCCCGUCGCUCUGGUGCGGAGAUCGAGACUGUACGCAAGGCUACUGCAGGUUCAAACAAGGCUGCCUCUAGUAGUACUUCUCUUAACACUAGAAAGCUUGAUGAAGAAACUGAAAAUCUCACCCAUGAGAAAGUACCAAGUGAGUUGAAGAAAGCUAUCAUGCAGGGUCGAACUGAAAAGAAGCUUACGCAAUCUCAACUUGCUCAGCUGAUUAACGAAAAGCCCCAGAUUAUACAGGAGUAUGAAUCUGGGAAGGCUAUACCAAAUCAACAGAUAAUCACCAAACUGGAAAGGGCUCUUGGUGUGAAGCUCCGGGGUAAGAAAUAGAGGACAUUAACAGUUGACAGCUGCAGAGGGUUUGUGACUUUUGCAGUGUUGUUAUCCAUGUUUCUACUACUAAAAAAGAUUAUAAAAAAAGAAAAAGAAGUGGGAGUGCACAAAACCUUUUGUUUAAUUCCUCUGGUUUGAGUUGACCACUUGUGUUGUGGACAUGGUUCUAAGAAGAUCUUGUUUUGUUAUUGUGGAUUUUAUUAUGGUUUGGUCUGAGAUGCAUCGAUGUGUGGUUCAUCAUAACGCUUAAUAUAUAAAUGUCUGUCUGUAUGGCCGUUACCAGUUCUGAUUUUCUUAAUUGGGGUGUCUGGAUUGGAUUGUGCAUAGUACUUUUUGGGUUGAAACUAGAAUAAAACUUGUUUAUCUUAACAUCGUUAUAAGAUUAGUUUGAGUGAUAUUAUCACUUUGAAUUUGGUCAAAUUGCAAACAUAUAUUUUCUAUCAGGAUAAAAAAAAAAAAACUACAGUUUUAUAUGUUUUGGUUGACAAAACCAAAAAAAAAGGAAUUAUUUACAAUUUAUUAAUUUAAUUUGUAGUUGAAUGACUUUUCCUUUGACAAAGUAAAGAUUUUAGAUUUGGGAUAAUGUCGGUUUUACCCUCCGUAGGGUUUUUGGUUCGUUUGUGU